CAGUGCCUUCUCUCUUCUUCAGUUCUUCAUAGUCUGUAUAUUUUCUCUCUCUUCUCUCUCUCAAACCCGGAAAGUACUGUUCAAUUACAAUUUCUCCGUUGGUGGGGAGGGGCUCUCAUUUUUGCUGAAAAAACGCCGGCCCAAUUCGAUUUCGAUUUUGAUUAGUUGAUUGAUCCCUCUGAGAGAAGUGGGAAUUGGGGCUUUGUUGCAGAGGGAAAUGAGGGAUGUUUUCGUGGCUGGCAAGGAUGGCGUCGGCUUGUUGGAAACCAGUGAGGCGGUAUGCCCGUAUGAACAAGGAUGAUGAGGAAGAUUGCUCAUUGGAAGAUUCGCUGUUGUGGAGCAGAGAGCUCGAGAAGCACUCGUAUGGGGAAUUUUCCUUCGCUGUGGUUCAGGCCAAUGAGGUAAUUGAGGAUUGUAGUCAGGUGGAGGCCGGCCGCGACGCCACUUUCGUCGGCGUUUAUGACGGCCAUGGUGGCCCUGAUGCUUCUCGCUUUAUCUGUGAUCACCUUUUCAAGAAUUUAAUGAGGCUUGCUCAAGAGAACGGAACCAUAACCGAAGAUAUUCUUCGAAGUGCAUUUUCUGCAACUGAGGAAGGGUUUCUUACUCUUGUUCGUCGAGCAUGGGGAAUAAGACCUGUAAUUGCAGCAAUGGGAUCUUGUUGCCUGGUGGGAGUUAUUUGGAGAGGUAUAUUAUACGUCGGUAAUGUCGGUGAUUCCCGGGCUGUUAUUGGUUCUUUAGGUAAAUCUAGUAAGAUAGUUGCAGAACAGUUGACUAGGGAUCACAAUGCGAGUAUCGAGGAGGUUAGACAAGAACUCAGGUCCUUACAUCCUGAUGACUCACAUAUAGUCGUUAUGAAGCAUGGAGUAUGGCGUAUAAAAGGCAUAAUCCAGGUUUCAAGAUCGAUAGGUGAUGCAUAUUUGAAAAGGCCAGAGUUCUCUCUUGAUCCAUCCUUUCCACGGUUCCACCUUGCGGAGCCUCUUCGACGCCCUGUUCUUUCUGCCGAACCAUCAGUAAGUACAAGAGUUCUACAACCCAAUGACAAAUUUCUCAUAUUUGCAUCUGAUGGUCUUUGGGAGCAUCUAACGAAUCAGCAAGCUGUCGAGAUUGUGUAUAACAACCCACGAGCAGGAAUCGCAAAAAGACUUGUCAAAACAGCACUAACCGAGGCCGCGAGGAAGAGGGAGAUGAGAUACAACGAUCUCAAGAAGCUCGAAAAGGGCAUACGGCGGUUCUUUCACGACGAUAUCACAGUUGUUGUCAUCUUUCUAGACCAUGAACUGCAAGGGAAGAAGGCACAUGCACCGGAAUUAUCCGUUCGUGGGUUCUCCGACACCGUUGGACCGUCGAAUUUCAACGUUCUCCGAGGAAUCGAUGAGAAUGGAAGGUCUGCUGGCUGAAGUUACAAGUAUUAACAUUGAGGGAUGAGUCUGAUUAUAGAACACUCAUUUAGCAGCAGGUGUUUACUUGCAUCUGGGUUUGGGACUUUUUUGAAACAUUUGGUUGAUUUGUUGUCAGCUUCUUCUGUGUCCUUUUUACUCAAAUUCCUUGUAUGCAGAAAGUUUUAAGUUUGAGGUUCUUUGUCUUUGCUUUCUGAUUUGCUCAUUCUAUAGCCACAACUCUUUACAAAUGCUGUGACUGAAUUCAUUUUGAUUUGAAUAAAUUUAUUGGCAUUGGGGUUU